AGCAGCCUCUGCAUUUUUGUCUGUCUGAAUGCUACAGCAGCACGGGGGGAAACAGGAUUGAGGAUAAGAGCAAAAACUGAAGAAAUGUGACAGAUGCACGGUCCUUUUCAUGGCGGAGGGGAAACUGCUGCGGAAGGAGUUAUUCUGGGACUCCUUUGAGCCUCGAAACGCUGGAUCAAAAUGCUCAUAGUGGAGAAAACCACAGACUUCCCCUCUGCUGAGUUCUCCCUGGUGGAGGAUGUGGCUCUGCACUUCACCUGUUUGAUGGACAGGCUGAACGAGCAGCGCCUCUUCCAGCCUGACCUGUGUGACGUGGACAUCGUUCUGGUGCGUCAGCACAGCACCUUCCCGGCCCACAAGGGAGUCCUGGCGGCCUACAGCCCUUUUUUCCACUCCCUGUUUGCGCAGAGCAAGCAGCUGCGGCGGGUGGACCUGUCACUGGACGCCCUGACCUCCCAGGGCCUGCAGCAGAUCCUCAACUUCAUCUACACCUCCAAACUGCUGGUGAGCAGCCGCACUGUCCGCGACGUGCUCAACGCCGCCACCCUGCUGCAGAUGAGCGACAUUGCGGCCUCCUGUCGCGACCUCAUCAGCAGCCACUCGCUGAGAACCACCUGUGCAGACAUGGCCAAUCAGGAAGGUGCUGCUUUAGCGACGCCCUCCAACCAGCUGUACCCGGAGAUCAAACAGGAGUCAGAGCUGGGGUACAAGAGGGAGGGCAGCUUCUCUGUGAGGGUGGAGGAAGCAGGCAAGACGAAAGUGGAGAGCAAUGGAGAGGAGUCAAAGAGCGCUGACGGCCACGCCUCCUUCAACAGAGACCAGAUCAUCGUUGAAGUCAACCUCAACAACCAGACCCUCAACGUGUCAAAGGGCCCCGAGAGCAAAUCAGCAAGCAUCACAGAGGCCGGCGCCAUGUUUAGUUGCUGCCACGACAACGAGAGAGAUUCAGAAGAGGACAGCGAGAUGGAGAACGACGACACAGUUGGAGAAGAGGACGAUGAUGACCUGAAGAGGGGGGAUGUGCUGGGGCAGAGCAGCGAGGAGGAAGACGAGGAGGAGGAUGAGGAAGAGGAGGAGAACACUCUUAACAUUCCAGGUUUGGAGUCGCCGUUGGUGAUGGAUCGACCUCGCCGGGGCACCAGAGCCUUCGCGAUGGCCUGCACAACAACCUCCACGAGGCAGACACUCGCAGAGGCAACGCUGGCCAAUCAGAGGCCGGGCGGGAAGAGGAUGCUGGAUUUGGAGGGUAUGGGCCAGAAGGUGAGGCUGGAGGAGAAGCAACACUUCCCGUGUAAGAAAUGCCCGCGCGUCUUCAACAACCGCUGGUACCUGGAGAAACACAUGAACGUCACACACAACCGCAUGCAGAUCUGCAACAACUGCGGGAAACGCUUCUUGCUGGAGAGCGAGCUGCUGCUGCAUCAACAGACCGACUGUGAGAAGAGCAUCCAGUGUAUAACGUGUGGCAAGGCCUUCAAGAAGCUGUGGUCGUUACACGAGCACAACAAGAUCGUGCAUGGCUACGCCGAGAAGAAGUUCUCCUGCGAGAUCUGCGAGAAGAAGUUCUACACCAUGGCUCACGUCAGGAAGCACAUGGUCGCCCAUACGAAGGACAUGCCGUUCACCUGUGAGACGUGCGGGAAGUCGUUCAAGCGCAGCAUGUCCCUGAAGGUUCACUCUCUGCAGCACUCAGGAGAGAAGCCCUUCAAGUGUGAGAACUGCAGUGAGCGCUUCCAGUACAAAUACCAGCUGCGCUCCCACAUGAGCAUCCACAUCGGACACAAGCAGUUCAUGUGCCAGUGGUGCGGAAAGGACUUCAACAUGAAGCAGUACUUCGACGAACACAUGAAGACACACACUGGAGAGAAGCCGUACAUCUGUGAGAUCUGUGGGAAGAGCUUCACCAGCCGGCCCAAUAUGAAGCGCCACCGCCGCACACACACUGGGGAGAAGCCGUACCCCUGCGAGGUGUGCGGCCAGCGUUUCCGGUUCUCCAACAUGCUCAAGGCACACCGGGAAAAAUGCUUCCGCGUCAGCAACCCCAUGGUUACCGACGGCACAGACCCCCUCGGCCUCCAUCAGCCUCUGGCCUCGCCCGCCGUGGACUCUUCCGGGUCUGCAACCACACCCGCUGCUGCCUCUAACCCCCUCCAUGGGACCCAGCUCCCCCUGCUGCACUCCAUGGGGGGGCUGCCGCUGCCUCCCACACAGCAUUUACCCCCACCGCCUCCCCUGUUUUCAGCCGGUAGGGUGAACUCCAACAACUAACAAGUCUCUGUAGCAUCGAAAGCACUUUUUGUUUGUUACAAGGACCCCUGCAGCGGGAGACUGUUGCACCUCCGUGAAAAACUGGCUACAUGGAGGCCUCAUAAAACACCCCUACACCUACAACAAUAAGAAAUACUUAUUUUUUACUCUGUUAAAUACAAUAGAUAACCUCAGAGUCCAGUAGGACGUGUCGUCAACGCGCUUCUCCUCAUGAGUUUCUCACCUCUGUUCCGGUUUUAUUUGGGAUUUCCCACCAUGCAUCUCUCCAGAGCCUUGCACAACGCAUUGAUUGUAGCAUCUUUUACAAAGUGGGGGGAAAGAGUACCUGAAUCCUCACUCAUAUGUGGGGAGAUUUUCUUUCUUUUUUAUCGUUCUCUGCCAAGAUGUAGCGAGUGGUUCUGGUCCGACCCGGCAAUAACCAAAUGCUGAUUUGUCUCUGAGCGUAUACAUGUACGGCAUUGCCAAUAACCAAAUCCUGUAAGCUCACCUGCUAUAGUUAGAUAAUGUUAUACAGCAUUUAUAAUCAAUCCUGCACCUUACAUUUAACUCUAUUGAUAUUUAAAAUGUACUCCUAACUGUCUCAUUUUUAUAAUUGUGAUUGUGUGUAAAUCGUGGCACGUUAAGUCAGUUUGUAAGGACGAGAGAAGAAGUUGUGAACGCGUGGAGAGUCGGCCAUGCAAUGCAGUGUGGUGUGUGUGUGUGUGUGUGUGUGUGUGUGUGUGUGUGUGUGUGUGUGUGUGAGAGGAAGACUUGUAAAGUGAGGGUAGACCUACAUUAAGCUACGCAACGCUACCACAGAAGUCAGAGUAAUUUGUUGAAUCUUUUUGCUUACAUUAAGCAAGCGCUCCUCUCCUGUAGAUCUGACUCAGAGAUCAUAUAGCACUUUUCUGUGAGUAAUGUAAUCAGACCUACAGUAUAUUUGUAGGUUCAAAUCUAAUGUUAACUUACAUUUUCCAACUAAACCCAAUCUGUGUAAUAAGUUUGCAGAAUAUGAAAAAGAGUGUAGGUAUAUUCACAAAUCCUGAUAGCUCAUUAACUGUGUACAUUUCCUUAUCAUGUAUAUUGUGAAAGGAUAAACCCUAUAUUACAAUGCCUAAAUCUUUCAAAGAGCACUGAUAUCGAGUACUUUUGGCACAACAGAAAAGGGCUCUUUAUGAUUACAUCCCAGUACAUUUUUUAUCUGAAGAAGAUGAUCAAAUUUAGGGACAUGUGGUAUGUAAUAGCCCUCAAUCAUUUGUGGCUCUAUGUGCACUGUUGACAAUUGAAACGUACUGGAGUAGAACAGAAAGGAAUCCUCGUCAGUGAUAAAGUUGAUCAGUGAUAAAGUUCUUCUCUUUAAGUAAUAGUUUGAUAUUUUGAGGAUACUCAUUUGCUUUCUUGCCAAAAGUUCGAUGAGAAGAUUGAUAUGCAGCCAUAGCUAGCUGCUGGUUAGCUUAGCCUAGCACAAAGACUGGAAGCUAGCUUGGUUCUCUAUGAAGCUUUAAAAAGACAGGAAUCCACCUAAAGCUAAGGUAUUAGCGCCUUAAAUCUUGUUUUGUUUUAUAGGUGCAAAAAUUAAGUGUAAAACCAUAAUUGUGUAGCUUUUUAGACGCUAGAAGUCAUUGUGCUUUGUGGCUAGCUCCCUGUGAAAUCUCAAAUUGUCAUUUUCGCAUUUCAAGAUGAGCUGUUUCUCCCUGUCUUUAAACUAAGCUAAGCUACGCUAACUAGCUUCAUAUUUAGCAUACAGAUAUGAGAGUGGUAUCUUUGUGAUCAGCUAACUGCAAGAAAGGAACAAGCAUGUUUCCCAAAAUGUCAAAAUAUUCCUUUUAAAUCUUUCAAUCAAUUAAUGAUCCAAAAAGAGUGCACUAUCGAUGCACUCCCGCUCACUUUAUGUAUAGAUAGCCUCCUUGUAGUGUAGCCUACAGUGUUAACCUGUAAAUAUUGCUAAGGUGUGUUUCCCCCCUGUGAUUCAUUCCUCAUGUUUACAUCUGGAGAGUCAUUUGAAUGUGCCCCCACGUGUCUUGGCUGGUACUACCGAAAGUUGGAUUUGGGGGAUAAGCUUUUUGUAAAUGUUUGAAGCUAUUCGUUGUUUUAUUUAAGACGAAAAUAACGCACCUUUUCUAGUUUUGGUUCACCCCUGUUGUAUUUCUUAAACUACCAUGGUUAAAUGGUAAGGGCCACAUUGAAAAUGGUACAUUUCUUUUGUUUCUUCAUGUGUCUAACACGUGUUUUGUACUUUAAUUUGCUGCUUUUGUACAGGGUCCAGUUUGAAACUGCCCUUUAAAUGAAAGUGUAGAGCUUUUAAAUAGUUGAAUAUAUUCUAAUUUAAUUUAGCUUUACUAGACCAAGAGCUCCAUGGUCAGAAUGGGCUACAAUUUAGACGUUUUUAAGCAGUUUGUUGCCAACAUUUUAUACCAAUCCGGGGAUUAAUCGAGUCACUGAUAGAUUGACAGAGAAGGAAAUUAACAUAAUCUCUUGUGGUAUUUUAGUGAAGUGCAGUCUGUUGGCUCCACUUAGGAAAGAGAAGUAUUUCCCUCUUCACUGUUUUUAAAGGCACUAGCCAAGAGACAAUACUGAGAUACUGUGGUUAAAGUGUGAGCCUUAUACUUGGAGGGAUUUGAAUGUUUCUUGUGUUAUAGACUAUGAUAGGGUCUGACGGUAAAGGAUGAGGGAUAGUAGUUGGUACUACUGAUUAAUGCACUUUGAAUUUGAUCACUAUGCUAGCCCAUUACGCUAACAUGUUUGCAGAUACAAGGUGAUAAAGGAGCAGAGAUGUGUAGUGAAAGGAUAUUUUCCACACAGCGGGCUUAUUCCAAAGGCAGACAUUUUAAAUGUACAGUUUUUGGAUAUUGAUGUGUAUGAAUAAUUAGCCUAAACUACAAAUUACAGUCAGUUUCUUGAACCACAGAUUGUGGUUUGGCUGCAGAAGUGGCAGGGGCUUGAUUGACACUUUCUGAUUGGCUUGUCCUCCGAGCACUACAUUCAUAAAGAGAAGCCCUACUAAUUUGCGUCUAUUGAGUGAGCUUUAAUAUGGGAGUCAUAUUUAAUGCUAUGUGGAAUUGUAAAGGAAGUAGUCAGUUGCCAAAAUUGAGAAAUGAGAGAGAUUUGAGUUAUUAUGAGCACUUUAUAUUCCAGUUCAGCUAGUAUGGUAUUAAGGCUGAUGCAGUGGCAGUUAUUUGACCGGAAAUCUGCUGAUGGCAGUUGUGCUUUUUAUAUUUCCAUGACUUACGGAUUAUAGGAAAUUAUAAAAAUGCAGUCUCUGCAAGGAACGUGUUUCCAUGGCAGGUGAUAAAUCCUCUGAAACAACAUUUCACUCAGACCGAGGGGACUUCAGAAGUGUUUGUUCAGACCUUCCAAACCUGUUUGGAGUUGGGGUCUGAAUCCACCCGAGGAAACAGAAUUGAGUUCAUCGUUUGUCUUAGAUCAUUUAGUCUUCCCUAAAUCCAGACGCAAAUAAGGCAAAAGCCAUCUAAGAAACACUUAAUCGAGCUCUGCAUUAAAAAUGUCCUCUCCUAAAAAGGGUUCCAACUUGACUUUUAAAGUUAGUGUAAGUGUGUGUUAUUUAAAAGUUGAAUGGCAGUUAAACUGAGAUUUUAGAAGACCAGGCAAGGCUUCAUGUCUUCUGAUUAGCCAAAUUGUCCAGAGCUAAGUCUAGCAGCCAAAGGCUUGUAUGAGAUCAGCGCAGAAGUGGACCUGCCCUUGUCCUUAACGGAGGGUCUGUCGGUGAUUAAGUGGGUGCCUAGACAUCACAGUGACGGUGCAUUCUGCAUAGCACUCAGGGCAAAUGUUCAUCACGUCAUGAAGCAUUGAACAUGGCAGUCGGUGCAAAGCAGAAUGCUAAUGGGACGGCACAAUUGUGUCUCCUAUAAAAGUUGCUAGAGCCGAAGUUUGUAUCCAGAAUGAUUUGUGUCCGUGGCCUUCCAGGAAAGUUUUGGGAUUGAUUUUAGUAGCAACUAGGCUUCUAAAGUAUUGAUGACAUUGGAGAGAAAGCAUUGUGUGUGUGUGUGUGUGUGUGUGUGUGUGUGUGUGUGUGUGUGUGUGUGUGUGUGUGUGUGUGUGUGAGAAUUUAAGCAAAUGUGUAACUGUUUUGACGACGAAAAAAGGACAUUUUUUAAGAACGAUGGGGCAGUGUUUUGUCUUCAUUUACCCAUAUUUGGUGGCAACUUUUUGGAGCCCCAACACCGACAACAUUCGGUCUGUUUUGGGGCUCCAUUAAGACGAAAACUUGAAAACAAGUGUGUGUUACUUUGCAUUUGAAAGUCUGUUUGGCAGUUUUAAUAAGUUCGAAGAUGUGAUAAGAACCACAAUGUCAGUUCAAAGACGUAUUCUCCACCCUCUACAUUUUCCAUACUGCAGCUGUGUUGAAUCAUACUGUGUACUGUUAUUUCUCUACUUUAAAAUGUAAACACUAUGUCUUAGUUAACUCUGGUGUACAAAGACCAUGUGUAGGCAGUAGUUGAGCUAUAUAAAAAUACUAAAACCCGUUCGAGGACAGUAGUGUCUAGAGGUGCUAAUAACAUUAGACUGUAUUUUCUGUCUUUUAUUGUAUUAUUGACUCGUGUUUACUGUCUGUAACACAGCAGAGCGUAAUGACAUCAUUAAAUAUUAAACUAUAUAGAUAUAUUAUUGCAAA